AUGGCAACGGCGGCAGCUUUGUUAAAGGUGUUAGUGGUGGCAGCUCUGGUAUUCUUGCUGUGCACCGCCACCAAUUUCUCAGCCCCAGUGGUGGCGGCAGCCACCUGGUGUGUGGCCAGGAGCGAUGCUACCGAUCAGGCUUUACAGAUAGCUCUUGACUACGCAUGCGGGGCAGGUGCGGACUGUGGACCCAUUCAAUCUUCUGGGCUGUGUUAUCUUCCCAAUACGUUUCAAGCCCAUGCCUCGUAUGCCUACAACAGUUAUUAUCAGCGCAGGGGCAAUGCCCCUGGCUCUUGUUCAUUUGCUGGCACAGCCACCGUAGCCAAAACUGACCCAAGCUAUGGAUCUUGUGUUUAUCCAUCAUCUCCAAGCACGGCAGGAGGGACAGGUGGACCAGGGACUUCGGUUGGUAUCGUCCCAGGCACAACUCCAACUACAAGUUUACCACCCCCCCAACCCGGAACCACUACACCUCUGUAUGGUGGAGGAGGAUUAACACCAGGAACGGGAUCCAUAGACUCGCAGCCAAGAUCUAGUGCUUGUGGGUUGUUGCCAACUAAAACAAUCUUGUCUUCAGUAUCUUUCAUGCUCAUUUUCCUUUUUAUGUUUCAAACAAUGUAG